AUGUCUUCCCAGGUAUACCAAUUUUUCAGCUGCCUCCCAGAGGACAAGGUCCCCUAUGUCAACAGCCCCGGAGAGAAAUGUAGGAUCAAGCAGCUGCUGCACCAGCUCCCCCCACACGACAGUGAGGCACAAUACUGCACAGCGCUGGAUGAGGAGGAGAAAAAAGAACUCAGGGCCUUCAGCCAGCAGCAGAAGCGUGAAAAUCUGGGUCAUGGCACUGUGUGCAUCUUCCCCGUAACCAUCACUGGGGCCAUCUGUGAGGAGUGCGGGAAGCAGAUUGGAGGCGGGGACAUCGCAGUGUUUGCCAGCCGCACAGGCCUGGGCGCCUGCUGGCACCCACAGUGCUUUGUGUGUACCACCUGCCGGGAGCUGCUCGUGGACCUCAUCUACUUCUACCACACUGGCAAGGUCUACUAUGGCCGCCACCAUGCCGAACGCCUGCGCCCGCGCUGCCAGGCCUGUGAUGAGAUCAUCUUCUCCCCUGAGUGUACAGAGGCCGAGGGCCGGCACUGGCACAUGGGUCACUUCUGCUGCUUCAAGUGUGAAGCAUUGCCAGGAGGCCAGCGCUAUGUCAUGCAUCAGAGCCGCCCCCACUGCUGCGCCUGCUACGAGGCCCGCCACACUGAGUACUGUGAUGGCUGUGGGGAGCACAUCGGCCUGGACCAAGGCCAGAUGGCUUACGAGGGCCAGCAUUGGCACGCCUCGGACCGCUGCUUCUGCUGCAGUCGCUGCGGGCGAGCCCUGCUGGGCCGCCCUUUCCUGCCGCGCGGUGGCCUGAUCUUCUGCUCGCGCGCCUGCAGCCUCGGGCCGAAGCCCGCCGCUACCCGAACUAGCCAUCGCAGCUGGAGCGCGGGCACCAUCUCGGCGCCUCUAGCAGCCUCGGUGGCCUCUUUCUCAGCUGCCGAGGGAGCGUCCGAGACCGCCACCGAAGUAACCAGCCCGGAGCCAGCGCCUACCAUUGGCCCCGAAGAGCCCGCCCCCUUUCUGAGAGGGGCCCCUCACCACCACUCUAUGCCCGAGCUGGGGCUCCGCAACACCCCUGAACCACCCCCCGGGUCCCCCGACCACCCGGAUCCGCAUCCCGAAGAUGGUGCCUUCGGCCGCCAGAGCACUCCGCGAGUCAGCUUCCGAGACCCUCUGGUGUCUGAGGGAGGCCCCCGGCAGACCCUGAGCGUACCCCCAGCCCAGCGCCGGAGGCCACGCAGUCCCCCGCCCUGGGCCCCCAGCCGUCGCCGCCGUCAGCCCCCCCCCCACCAUCACCACCACCACCACCACCACCACCGCCGCCAUCCCGGCAGACGUCGCCACCAUCAAUGUCACUCGGGUUCCGGGUCUAACUCGGAAUCUUGCUCCAGCUCUCCCUCCAGCCCCAGUUCUGAGUCCUCAGAAGACGAUGGCUUCUUCCUAGGGGAACGCAUCCCACGCCCCCCGCACCUGCGCCGGCCCGUGUCAACUCAGGACCCUGCAACAAAGACCUCCAACUCCCCACCCCCUUCACUCCCCAGGGACCCGCGCCCAGGGAUGCCUCGCCAGGCCCGAGACAAGAACUGCAUCGUGGCUUGA